ACUAUCCUUUAUUUAAAUUUCAAAAAGCUUUUCUUCUAUAUGGUGUUCCACCUAUGUUGAAAUGUUAGAUAGAAAAGAAGAAAUAGAAAAAAGACGCAAGAAAGUUGAGGAAUUGAAGCGUCAAAGGUUGGAGUUGGCCAGCAAUAAAUCUACAACAGAAAAUAACAUAAACGGACCUCUCACAAGCUGUCGUGCUUUUCUACACGAAGAAAGAGAAAAAGAGAGACAACAUGUAGAGGAAUUAUUAACUAGCCUUUUAGGCGCAAGUGAAGUUUCUGAAACUUCCAAAACUUGUGAAUCUUCAAAAAAUGAAGAGCAUCUCGUACAACUAACUUCUCAAGCAGAAAAGAUUUGUAUUUCUGAAACAACUAUUCACCUUUUCCCUUCGAACUGCCCGAUUUCCUACCAAAAAGGUUGUCAAACGAACCCUGGACUUUUUGACCAAUACGUUGAUGAGCUUGUACAGGAAAAAUUAGAGAUUAUACAAAUGAUUGAACACAAGGAUUCCCCUGAAGCUCCUAAUUUAAUGGGUUCUUCCGAAAACAGAGAGAUGGAAAGUGAGGAAGAAAAAGAAUCAGAUCUUCCUUUAGCCGUUAAGGAGCAGAUCCUCCGAUCGGAUGAAUAUUCAGACUUUUUAAAUUACAGCACGCGUCUCGUUGAAAGAUACUUAAACUGGAGCCCUGAAUACGACUUUGUCAAGGAUUAUUCUGGGGCUGAAGAGUUUACAGCAUCCACAAUUGAAAUUUUGAAUUUUCGGUCGUUGUACUACAGUGCAAAGUGGACAACCCGCCGCCCCUCUACCGAUCUGGACUGGUGCCGCAAGUUUCCGGAACUUUUCUUAAGCUCAUACGGUGCCAAAUAUCCUGCGGAAGACACAGAAGACCCACAAGGCGCCUGCUUAGUGUGGAACGUGCACUUGAAGGACAGGCCCGAAUACGUUUUCCAUUGCCAGGUCUCUCUUCUAUUGCUGGUUCGGCUACCUUAUUUAUGGAAUUUCUUUAAGUCGCCAGUGUUGUCUUCUAAGUUUGCAAAGUUUCAUCCGUCCCUUGUGGUGGGCAGCACUUAUUCGGGGCAACUGGUUCUCUGGGACAAAAGGUCAAAGGCGACUCCUGUGCAACGCUCGCCGCCUUCCUCAAAAUCGCACACCCAUCCAGUCUUCUGCCUUGAAGUUGUUGGGAGUCCAAACGCCCACAAUAUUGUCAGCUGCAGUACAGACGGCCUAAUGUGCUCGUGGACCUUCGACGCACUACACGAGCCACUGGUUUCUACUAAGCUGCAAGGAACAAUACGGGGCCUCGCUGUAACGGCCAUGUCUUUCUCAGGGAAAGAUGUGAACAAUUUCGUUGUCGGUAUACCAGCCCGGCAUGAUAAACAAUGUAGAACCAAUCCGUUAAUGCGUCCCGCAGGCACUGAAGAAGGCCGGCUCUACUGCGGCAAUCGCCAUGCAGGACAGCAGGUCAAGGAGCCGUGUUCCCCUUCAAUGGAUGGCCACUGUGGACCGGUGACUGCCGUCACUCAUCACCCAGAACUCGGCGAGGCGGACUUCCCUAACUACCUUCUGUCCUCCUCGACAGACUGGUCCGUUAAACUUUGGAAUUUGCAGCACAAAAAGAUUAUUCACUCCUUUGAGGACGCCGACGACUACGUCUACGAUGUGCAGUGGUCCCCAACACACCCAGGCGCCUUUGCCACGGCGGACGGGCCGUCGAGGCUUUCCCUCUGGGAUAUGAACAGAGACAUCGAGUCGCCUGUACUUAGCACUAUUGUCAGCGAGACCUCGUCGAUAAACAAGCUGCGCUGGUCGGCGUCUGGGAGGCACAUGACCGUUGGAGAUGCAGACGGCACUGUCUAUCUGUAUGAGGUCGGAGAGGAGUAUACGAGUCCGGCGGCAGAGUCCUUCAGUCGCUUUAAAGAGGUCAUUAGAGAACUGGACGGCACUACGUGAUGAUAAACAAGCUCAAAUUUACAUUGGCGUUUUAAAAAGUGUAAAUAGUUAGGCAAACAUGUAUAGCUACACGUGCC